AUGGAUAGGGUCGGCGGAGCGAGUGGGGGACAUGCGCAGCAAACGCUGCUGCGCAGAUCGGGGGAGCAGCGUAGCAUACAAAGUCGGCUGGGCGCAGCACUGGAGCUCUCUGUGGCUGACGUGUUCGUUUCUGUUGAGGGGGUGGGGCAGGGGCGGCUGGUUGGGCAUGAAGGUGGGGUGACUGGAGUUGAUGAGGAAGGUGAUGCGGAAGCUGGAGGUGGCCAUGCUGGAGAUGUUGAACCAUCUGCUGCUGCAGCUCCUGAAGGCAAGGGAGAGGAUGGUGAUGCCGCUGCGGACGAGGGUGAUGAAGACGAGCCAGGGAAGAUGGACGUAGACGACGUCCCGCUGUUUCGGCGUAUUGUGAAGCACCGGGUUGACUACGCCGCCCGGAAAGAAACCGGUCGUUUCACGGCAGCGGAGAAGGGCAAGCAGAAGGUCGAUGAAGGUCCCUCAUGGAAGCGUCUCACUGCGGCGGAGAAGGGCAAGCAGAAGGUCGAUGAAGGUCCCUCAAAGCGGCGGGCACCGGCGGCGGAGAAGGGCAAGCAGAAGAAGAAGCGGGCACCAAAGAAGAAGGCACCAGCUGCUGAACCUGCUGAACCAUCUAAUAAUUCAGAUGACGACUACGCUGAAGCUGCAGGAUCGAUUCCGACAUACCCUGAGAAGCAGAAACAUAGGGAUCCCACGAAGAGGAACCUGGAUGCAAGGCCGCCGUCCCCUCGCAACCGCGGAGAGAAGCGCAAUCGGAGGGGCUGGACCAUGAAGGAGAAGCUGAAAUGGUCUAAGCGCUAUGCUGAGCUUGGAUCUUUGAAGAAGACCGCCGUAGAGUCCGGUGCUUCAGUUGCAUCUAUUCGGCGGUGGGUUGGGCAGAGAGUUGCUGGAGUCUACAAGGGUGCAGCCACUAGCAGGAAACGAAUGCAUGGUGCCGGGCGUCACCCGCACUACCCUGAUAUGGAGGAGGCGCUCUACCGCCACAUCUGUGUGCAUUGGGCGAAAGGCGUGCCCAUCUCCGUGUCGGACACGCAGAAGUGGAGCAGGGCAUGGAUGAAGAAGCACCACAAGAGGAAGGAGUGGGCCGCCAGUUCUCAUUGGAGCCAGCGUUUUCGCGACCGCUGGAAUAUCGUCAUGCGCGUUCGCACGAAGGUCGGCCAGAAGUUAAGCAACGGUAAGUUUCGCAGUGAAUCUCAUGCGAAUUGCGGAGAUAACUGA